AUGGUUGCAAUUGCCAUUGCCGUCAAGGCUUGUCGUGGCGACCCGAAGCUCAGGUGCCAAAUCCAUGGAUUCGCCAUAACAACUGGAUUUAUGUCAUAUUUAAGUGUCUCAAAUUCUUUAAUGAACAUGUAUUGUAAAUCAGGACAGCUAAAUCGGGCUUCAAGUAUUUUGGAGAACUUGGAUAACCCGGAUAUUGUUUCCUAUAAUACCUUACUUUCGGGUUUUGAAAAUGGCGAAGAUGCCUUAAGUUUUGCCUGUGGAAUACAUUCAGUUGGAGUUGUUUUCGAUGCAGUGACGUAUACUACAAUACUUGCUCAUUGCACGGACCAUGAAGAGUUUCAUUUGGAACUCAAUUGUACUCUCUUGUGCUUAAAUGUGGGUUGGAGUCCGAAGUUUUCAUUGGGAAUGCCCUAG